AGUAAUGACGUACUAAAAAUAGAAAUACAUGUAAACAACUUGUAAGUGGCUUAUCAAUUUGACCACAACAAAUACAUGAUGAGUUCUUCUGGUGAAGAAUGGAUAAAGACGGAAUGUGGAUGGAAACUUCUACCCAUCCAUCCAGAAGUUCUGGUUGAAGUAGGAAGUUCAUCGGCCAGCAGCAGAACCGGUUGCACAAAAAUCAACGAGCCAGCUGAUGGAACAACAUCAUCAAAAUUGGAAUGCUGCUCAGCUCCAGAAGAAAACGAGAAGAUCUCUAAACAGCAAAAGGAGUUAAAUAUGAUGUUACAUCAACGUUGUGUGUCUGCAAUGCCGUCUACAAAAGAGAGCAGUCACUACUCAACUAUUUCUGACGCUGUCAAUAAACUCAAUUUUGAGCAAGCUCUGAAUAACGAUGGCUGCUUCCCCUUCAUAUGUCAGGUAAUUGCUCAACUCUUCAGGAAACCUCAAUGCACACUCAGUGGAAGCAUGCAAAACACAUUACUGAAGCUCAUAGGCAAAGCCAAAGACAUCAGUAUUGCAUCCGAGUCUGCCACUGAGUAUAGUGCUCGGGUCCUUGAGAUGAUUUCUAGUGGUAUUUUAUGGUUUGAGAAAUUGCAGAAGGAGCAGUUUACAAGUUAUAGUGUGAGGAAUAUUGACACAAAGAUUAGGACUCUUCUGACUAUGAAGGAACAACUUAACGAACACCUAGCAAGCUUAAAAGAUCAGACUUCAUCCACAGCUCAACUGGAGCUGGACGAUCUACCAGUUGAUUGUAUACAGCAUAUUGCUAAAUACUUGACUCAUCCAAGAGACCUUCUGAACCUUGGAGCAACAAACAUACUUCAUGAGAUAACUGAAGGCAAUCAUAUUUGGAGAGGAUUAACUGUAUUCCACUAUGGGCAUCAUGUGAAACCUGACUCAGCAUCAAUUAGGUGGAAGAAUUUGUUUAUGAAACACUACAGAGAAGGAACGGUCAAAUUUGAAAGAGUGAUAUAUGGGCAGUCAGAUGCUGUUCGCUUGUGUGAAAAGUGUAACUUUGUUUUCUGGAAGGCAUACAGUCAUCCCUGUGCCACUGUGAGAUCAUCUCAACCACGCCAUCAUGUAAUUGCUAGGAAGGAAGAACAGAAACCAGUGAAACAUGACCCUCUAACCCCUGAACAAUUUCUACUAUUAUUUGUGUUCUAAUAUCUGUUUCAAGAACCAUCCAAACUAAUUUUAUUUAUUUUUAUGUGUUUAACAAUCAAGGUAAUAACUUUUCAUAGCAAAUUGUAUAUUAUAUUUAUCUCAA